CGGAUCCUUUCCACAGCCAGUGCAAGGCUAAGGAAGUUAGAAAGACCAUUUCUAUCUCAAUUAUAUGGAUUUAUAGUGGACAGUUGUUAAACAAAGGCAGAUUCAUCCAUCAAAUGAUGGAAGCAGAUAAACAGACAACUUGCCAAACCGGCGCCCCCGGCACAGAGCAAGAUGCCACGAAGCCACCCUACAAGCCACCAGAGCGCACGAUGCUACAGAGUCUUCGCCACGAGAUCUACAUCGAGGUGUUGAUUCCGUUAUACAUAUAUGCCAGGUUCUUUGUCACGUUGGUGAUUCUGGCAGCGUUCUCUGGGUGGCACAUGCACGUGACCCUUGAGCACUUUGAAGUAUAUGAGCUCUUUUGUAGAAAGGAUUUAUCAUUGCGCAGAGCAAUUUGGACAUCCCUUCCUGCUGUUCUCACUAUUUGCGCAAACAUGUUCAUACUUUUACAGUGUGUUCGCCGGAAAAUCAGAUUCCUCCCAAGUGAUCCUUUAACUCCUGAAGAACUUCGGAAACUGAGCGCUCCUCGAGACAAGAGGAAAAAAGACAAGAAUUUAAAGGAUAGGCCAGUUUUUACCUUUGAUUUGGAUGACGUCAUUUGUCGUUACGCUAUGAAGAAGUUGCCAGAGGAAAUAGACUAUGACGAAAGGUAUAUGCUGGAUCUAAGCGACAAGGAAUCUUACACCUGUGAUGUGGACUGGUCGGCGCUGACCAUCGAACACAAGGUCACCAAGUUUUCUCCCAAGGUGAAGGACGGAACUGUCAUCGACCCUCACCGGGGUGACGUAGCUGCAGGCUCACAAUGGGUGACGCUCUUGUCACGUUACUAUGACAACCAAACCGAUUGUAAACAAAGUCAUGCCUUUAGAGGAUCACGUGACACAACAUCGUGGGUGGACGUGGACCUGGAACAAUGUUACACGGUCAACAAGAAGGUAUCUGCCAUGUUAAAUCUACCUCCAAACUUAAAAGUGGGCAACGACAACACCCUCAACCUAAACAAGGUCAGAGGUGAAGUGUUCCAAAAGGCUCACACCUGGGAGAUCAACACACAGGUUGAAGUUGAGCCAUCGUCUCGAGCCCAUGCUCAGCUGUUAGCGAAACAAGAGUGCUCUGUAUAUGACUUUGAAAUUCGAACCACUUUUUCCAACCGCAAAGGUUUGAUCCCUGUUUGGGUGAUAGGACACGAUGAACACGAGCUCGCAUUUGACAUGUAUAUCGAACACCUGCAUGAGGCUUUUAGGCUUGUGGAAGAGGGCGGAGUUCUUAAACCAGAAGAAAAGGCUUGUGUACGUAUGACGGUCGAGAAAUGGGUAGACCAAGAUGGCGAUGAGCACUCGGCCACCUUCCCCCAGAUCAUCACCCGGGGCUCCUGUGUCUGCGUCAGCUGGACUGACCAGACAGUGGACAUCAAGACCAGUCCAUUGUCAAUGGACGAGUCCACUGGUGAUGGGGACCACAACAUGAUCAACACGCCCGCCGGUCGCACUGAAGAAGACCCAGGCGUCAAUUCAUUUGUUGUCGUCGGUUAGCCAGACCAUCGUUUGCUGCUUGUAUCAACUUGAAAGCCAAUCCAAUUAAUUACAAGUCAUACAUAAAAUUUUAAUUAGGCUUAAGCCUAACUCUAAACAGAAAUGUUAGUCCUAUGAUACUAUAGCAGUGCUUCUGCUAAUUUAUAGAAACAUUUUUACGUAGUUUUUGCCAAAUCACUAUCUAAUCUAGACUAGUAAGCGAGAAUUUUUAAAAAUUACCUUGCACGCAUAAUAAGUAUAAUAUUUUUAACUAUAUUAUGUCGAACGUUUUCCACCGCUAAGUCAUGCGUUUUUAUUUUUUUUUUUUUUUACAAAUGUCCAUCAAAAAGGAAACAACCAAUGUAUUGUGGCAAUUCUUUAAAUUCGUUAUUUAGAACUUGAGAGUAAAUUUAAAACAUUUUAUUUCUUCAGAAAUAUCUUUGGCAACGUUAAAAAGUCUCGAGCUUUUGAUUAAAGAGGAACUAAAAAUGAAGUGGAAAUAUUUUAUAAAAUAAGUAAAAGGUUUUUUCAUUACAUUAUUAUUCUUUUAUAUAUUCUUAUAUACUCUUUUAUAAAAUGAAUAAAAAUUCUUUAAUUUAUUAA